UCCUUUUAUCCGAUCAAGUUGGCAGCGCUGCACUCCCGUUGCAUGCGAAAUUCGUUCUGCGCAAUAAAAAUAUUGAAUUUAAUUAAAUAUUUGCUGCAUAGCUACUGGCAUUAUGUCAAAUGUUUACCUAUUGCCAGUUGCUUCGUUUCUCAUUUUUCAAGUGACUUUUCUAGGCACAUAUAUUUUGGCCGUAUUAGAGGGGCAUGUAGUGCCCACAGUGCCCUACAUAAGCGAUGCAGCCACUUAUUCACCGGAGAGUUGUAUUUUUGGGCAAUUAAUAAACAUUGGCAGUGUUCUAUUGGGACUUACCAUCUAUGUUCGAUAUCGCCAUAUAAUGCAAUUGAGCGAGCAUCAUCCGGAAUUGGACGCCGCUCUACUGCGCCACAAUCGUCUUGCUUUGUGGUUUGGCAUGCUGUCCUGUCUGGGAAUAAGUUUUGUGGGUAACUUUCAGGAGACAAAUGUACGGAUUGUGCACUUCAUUGGCGCCUUCUGUUGCUUUGGCUGCGGUACUUUAUAUUUCUGGAUGCAGGCAUUGAUCACGUACAUCGUUUAUCCCAUGGCCGGCACAAGGAAAACGGCCCACUUACGUCUGGGCAUGUCCGUCUGCUGUACGAUCCUUUUCAUUGUGCUCGCUGUGACUGGCCUCAUGUCCCAUAUCCUGUUCGAUGGACAGAAUCCGAGGAAGUGGUAUCCCUCGGAUGGUGGCUGGUACUAUCAUGUGAUUAGCACUAUAUCGGAAUGGAUUAUUGCCACCAUAUUUUCAUUUUUCAUACUUAGCUUUACGCCUGAGUUUAGAGAUGUUUCGCUACAGCAUCCGCAAAUUUCGUUGGUCUCUUCCACUAUGGUCGUAUAGAUGAUCUAUUCAUUUUAAUCUAUUCCGAUAUUGUCUAUGCAAAUAUCUAAUGAUUCGACAGCGGGUCACAGCUAUAGAUGUACCUUUGACAACAAAGGAUAUGAUCUACACAGGAUAUGCAAGCUGCUAUCAUCUAUUGCCUAAGUACCAAUAUGUAGUCUAGGAUUUUAAUCAUUAUCAGCUGCCCCUAAUGGAAUAUAUAUGAACAUACAUGCAGAUAGAUCAUGUAUUUUUUGUUCGACUGGAUCAGCUAAAUGGAAAAGAAUUUUUAAUAAAUCUGCACACGAGUUGAAACUGGCAUUCAAACAGCACUCGGCAGAAUUCGAAUCAAUUGAAAUUGUUUGUUAAUUAUUUUUGUUUCCAACUUUUGCUAGCAAAGUUGCUGAAAUUUAUAUAUAUCUCUUUUGUAAUGCGCCUCAUUGUGAUAUAAUACUAGUAUUACAGGCGAAAUAGCGUUUUUUUCUAUUUCUUUCUCAGCGAUCAAACAAUAUA